GCUGUGCGUCUUUAAAGCCGGGCGUGCGCGAUUCGUAUUUAUUAAUUAUAUACAUUAUCAGUUUUUAUGCAUAUAUAUACAUAUUACUGAAUAAUGCUAUCAGCCAUAUUAACAGUGUUGGCAGCAUGUUCACUAGUUGAAGCCGGACCCCUGACUACUUGCACUCCAGAUCAAUUUGCGUGCCAGAAUGGCGACUGCAUUAAUGGCACACUGAAGUGCGACGGUGUCAAAAAUUGUGUAGAUGGCACCGAUGAGAUCUUCAACACCUGCUAUAACACAACCUGUGCCGAGAAUUUCUUUCGCUGCAACUACGGCGGCUGUGUGCCUCAUCACCUGACAUGCAAUGGCGGCAACGAUUGUUGGGAUAAAAGCGAUGAAAACGUUUUUUUGUGUGCGGAUGAGGGAAAAGUGGACAAAUUGCUAGCCGAGUUGAAAGGUAGCUGCAGAAACUUUUACGCAUUGCAAUGCAAGGAGGACACCAGGUGCGUGAAGUGGAGCCAAAUGUGUGACGGCUAUAUUGAUUGCCCCAAGGGCGACGACGAGUCUCCGGAAUUGUGCGGGGCCAGCAUAUGUCCCACCGGUUCGUUUCGCUGCGAGACUGGCGCCUGCAUCAGUGGCAAUUGCCUCUGCAAUCAGAAUAUCGACUGUUCCGAUGGCAGCGACGAAAUACCCGCUAUAUGCCUCAAGAGAAAACAAACCAGCCCAGACAUAUUACCUCCAACUGGUUCGCCAGCGGCUCCCCCCAACGUCUGGAGGACCAACUCUUGCGCCUUGAAGACAGAGAAGGGUAUGCGAGUGGAGGAUUACUUUUUAGAAUUUACGUUCCGGCCAGAUGGCGAGGUGCCGGACAAAACCAUUGUGUCUCUGACCUGUGAAAGCGGCUAUGUGAUUUUUGGACCCAAUAUCAAUAAAUGCGAGAACGGACAGUGGCUAAAUGGACUCGAUCUUCUUCCCCACAUCUGCAUACGUGUCUGCGAUCAAAGCCCGAUUGUACGGAACAUUAGCUAUGCGACGCAGUGUGUCUCCGAUAAUGCUGUUGUCGAUUGCCAACAAAAUACGUUCAUAAAGGACACCAAAUUGUUUGUAACUUGUAAGCCCGGCUUUAGGGCCAAAUCGAGUGCCAAUCAAUUGGGUCGACACAGUUGCAAUGAGGAUGGCGAGUGGUUCGUUGAAGAGACCAAUCCAAUUUGUGAGCCCGUCUGUGGUGUAAAAUCUCCGCAACAUCCCGACAACACGCCCUGGUCUGUGACCAUCUUUCAGCGCCGCUUAACCUCCCAGCCGGACUAUACCUUUAAUUGCUUGGGCACUAUACUAUCACCAUAUAUUGUAAUUACGGCCGCGGACUGCUUUUCGGAUAAGAAUCCAAAAGAUUCACAUAUUUACUACACCAUCGCGGAGGGCAAUCACAAUGUCGACUUCAGCCAGAAUGAGGACCAUGGUUAUAUUCUACACAACAUUUUGGAUAUACACUUGGUGACGUUCAACAUGGCACAGAAGGCAGCUUUACUUACUCUGGUAAAACCCUUCAGACUAGGUGCUCUGGUCCGACCCAUUUGCUUGACUGCUAACCAGGCAGAUAGUUCACUGCAGAUCGUAAGUGCCGGGGACUUUAGUAAGCAGCAGUUGGGUGAGGGGCAGACGGUAUAUGAGAACUCGAGGUAUAUCCUAACACACAUUGUGGCCAGCGAAUCGAGCAAAUAUAAUAUUCAAGCAUUUAUCAGCGCUAUCAAAAAUGAAAUCGCUAAGACGGAGAAAAGCCCUGAACUUUUCACUAUGAUUUGAUUAAAAAAAAUAAAUAAAAAUUCUUAUUAAAUAAAAACGCACAGACAUCUACUACUGCUAAUUAUAUAAGUAUCUUACGCGCAUUAUUAGUU